GGACGUCGCUUUAACCAUAACACCCUCAACAUUUUCAUAUUACCCCAUUCGUCCUUCUCCCCUUCUUGUUCCCGUGCUCCCUCCGCGGCCAUUCGAGCCCCCAAAUCCAGAGAGCUCGUCUCUCUCUCUCCCUCCCUCCCUCCCCGUCCUCCUCCUCUCUCUUUUCCUCAGAAUGAAACCCUAGCGGUUCCAAACCUUAAUCCUUCUCCCCUUUCCUCCUCCGUCUCUUCCAGAAUCUACGGCUUCUGCCUCAAUUCCCUCCCCCUCCCCCCACCAAUUCUUGGAAUCUAGGGAUCUUUGCCAUCAAAUCCGUAACUUUUUUUCUUGUUUUUUCUCCAUUUCAAGGUUGUUCUCUUGUAUUGUUCUCGAAUCGGCUUCUUGGGCGGUCUAGGUUUCGAAAUUUUUGAUUUUGUUUUUGUUGUUAAGUAUGUUGGGGCGAGUCGAUUGAGCUGGUCCGAAGGGUAAAGUGGGCAUCUAGGGGCGGAAGAUAUGUACAGGGAUCGAGGAGUGAGCGGAUCGAAGUUGGAGAUCGGCCCCCUCGAUCGGAAGAGGAUCAACGAUGCCUUGGACAAGCACCUGGAGAAGACGUCGCCGUCGACUUCUCGUGGGUUGAACGGGAGGGAGAAGGAGCGGCUCUCCGUGCCGUCCACCUCUGCCGGAAAGCAGCCGGACCACUAUCGGGACCUGCGGGCUGCCCCUCUUUCCAAGAACAAAUACUCCGAUGAAGAAUCUGAAACAGACAAUGAAGGGUCGGAUGUUAGUGGUUCUGAUGGUGAUGACACAUCUUGGAUUUCAUGGUUCUGUAAUCUAAGAGGGAACGAGUUCUUUUGCGAAGUUGAUGAUGAAUACAUACAAGAUGACUUCAACCUUUGUGGGUUAAGCAGUCAAGUUCCUUACUAUGACUAUGCUCUGGAUCUGAUUUUGGAUGUUGAAUCCUCUCAUGGUGAUAUGUUUACCGAGGAACAAAAUGAGUUGGUUGAGUCAGCAGCAGAGAUGUUAUACGGUCUGAUACAUGUAAGAUACAUUUUAACCAGUAAAGGGAUGGCUGCAAUGUUGGAAAAGUACAAGAAUUAUGAUUUUGGAAGAUGCCCUAGAGUAUAUUGCUGUGGUCAACCAUGCCUGCCAGUUGGGCAAUCAGACAUUCCUCGAUCCAGUACUGUGAAAAUCUAUUGUCCAAAAUGUGAAGAUAUAUACUAUCCAAGAUCCAAGUACCAACGCAAUGUUGAUGGAGCUUACUUCGGUACCACAUUUCCUCACUUGUUCCUGAUGACGUAUGGACAUCUGAAGCCGCAGAAGCCAUCACAGCGAUAUGUUCCAACAGUCUUUGGCUUUAAAAUUCACAAACCAUAAUGUUUUACGUGGCCUGGCAUAUCAAGAAACAGCUCAUGGGUUUCUUCAUGCUGUUCCCGGAGACGCUUUGGCAAGAGGAAAGCAGUUGCAGCUAGGGUGCAUCAUCGAACUAUUUCCUGAUUUUAUAUAAGAAAACAUCUGAUUAUAUAGGAAAGCAUCUGAAAUGUGCUGACCUAUUCAUCAAGCAAUAGUAAAGCUAUUGUUUUGUUUUAUCUUAGCUGUAAGCCUGUAACUAAAGAGCAUCAGCAAGUUUUUCAUGGUUGCGAAUUAUUUCUCGUGCCUCAAUUAUCA